CACACACCCAUUGUUCUAUGGGUAACGACUUCCUGGAGGGCUCAGUUGUGUUCCAGAGGGAGUGACACGCUGAGCCUUCUCCUCCAGGAAACCGAUACUUUCGAGCUUCUGACAGAGACUAAACACUGGGGAGGCUGAAGAGAGCAGGAGCGGCGUGAGAACGGAGAAGAGAGGAGAGCAGAAGCAGAGAGAUAAAUCAUGGUCAUGUAGGGGAGAGAAAAGAGGCUCGAUGAUGUCCUUCUUUGGGUUGACCUGCGGAAAGAAGAAGGAGAGAGAGGAGGAGAGAUUGCUCAAAGCAAAUGACAGAGAGUUCAACCUUUCCUUCAAGUAUGCGACCAAUGCUAUAAAAACCUCCAAAUACAAUUUGUUUACCUUCCUACCACUCAACCUUUUUGAGCAGUUCCAGAGAAUAGCCAAUGCCUACUUCCUGUUCCUGCUUGUCCUCCAGCUGAUUCCGUCCAUCUCAUCCCUCUCCUGGUUCACCACAGUAGUCCCUCUGGUCCUGGUGCUUUCCGUCACUGCAGCUAAAGAUGCGACCGAUGACAUUAACCGACACAAAAGUGACAGGCAUGUCAACAAUCGCAAAGUAGAAGUCCUCGUAAACGGAGAAUUGCGGAGUGAAAAAUGGAUGGACGUUCAAGUUGGUGAUAUCAUCAAGUUGGAAAACAACCAGUUUGUGACGGCAGAUCUGCUCCUGCUCUCCAGUAGUGAGCCUCUCAACCUGGUGUAUAUCGAGACCGCUGAGCUGGAUGGAGAGACCAAUCUGAAGGUGAAGCAGGCUCUGACGGUUACCGGGGACAUGGGAGACAACAUCCAGAUGCUGGCGGCCUUUGAUGGUGAGGUACGCUGUGAGCCGCCGAACAAUCGCCUGGACAAGUUCACCGGCACACUGACGUUCAAGGACCACAAGUACUCCCUGGACAAUGAGAAGAUCCUCCUGCGUGGCUGCACCCUGAGGAACACGGACUGGUGCUUCGGCCUGGUCGUUUUCGGAGGCCCCGAGACAAAGCUGAUGCAGAACUGUGGGAAGACCACGUUCAAGCGCACCAGUAUCGACCGUCUGAUGAACGUGCUGGUGCUGUGCAUCUUUGGCUUCUUGGCGGUCAUGUGCACAAUCCUGGCCAUAGGAAAUGGCAUUUGGGAGCAGCAGGAAGGGUCAAAGUUUACCGUAUUCCUGCCCAGGCAAGACGGGGUGAACUCCGCCUUCUCUGGCUUCCUCACCUUCUGGUCCUACGUCAUCAUCCUCAACACCGUGGUUCCCAUCUCCCUCUAUGUCAGCGUGGAGAUCAUCCGCUUGGGGAACAGCUUCUACAUCGACUGGGACAGGAAGAUGUACUACGCCCGGAGCGAUACUCCUGCGGAGGCUCGCACUACCACCCUGAACGAGGAGCUGGGCCAGAUCAAAUACAUCUUCUCCGACAAGACGGGCACCCUCACCCAGAACAUCAUGACCUUCAACAAGUGCUCCAUCAAUGGGAAGUCCUAUGGGGAUGUGUUUGACUAUGCUGGGCAGAGACUGGAAAUUACUGAGAAGACGGAGCGGGUGGACUUCUCCUACAACCCGUUGGCCGACCCGAAGUUCUUCUUCCACGACCACAGCCUGGUGGAGGCGGUCAAGCUGGAGAACCCAGAGGUGCACUCCUUCUUCCGCCUGCUGGCUCUCUGCCACACCGUCAUGGCGGAGGAGAAGAACGAGGGUGACCUUCUGUACCAGGCCCAGUCCCCUGACGAGGGCGCCCUGGUAACCGCCGCCCGAAACUUUGGCUGCGUGUUCCGUUCCCGCACGCCGGAAACGGUCACCAUCGUGGAAAUGGGCGUCCAGAGGAGCUACGAGCUAUUAGCCAUCCUGGACUUCAACAAUGUGCGCAAGAGAAUGUCUGUUAUCGUGCGUAGCCCGGAGGGGAAGUUGUCUUUGUACUGUAAGGGGGCCGACACCAUCGUUUUCGAGAGGCUUCACCGGUCAUGCAGCAAGCUGGCAGAAGUCACUACAGAGCACCUCAAUGAGUUUGCAGGGGAGGGGCUGCGGACUUUGGCCCUGGCCUAUAAGGACCUCGAUGAGGAGUACUUUGAGACAUGGAGAGAGCGCCACCAUGAGGCCAGCACCGCAUUGGAUGAGAGAGAAGAGAGGCUGGAUGAGCUGUAUGAGGAGAUUGAGAAGGACCUGCUGCUGCUGGGGGCCACAGCCAUUGAGGACAAGCUGCAGGAUGGUGUUCCCCAGACCAUAGAGCAGCUGUCAAAGGCCAAAAUAAACAUCUGGGUUCUGACAGGCGACAAACAGGAGACGGCAGAGAACAUCGGUUACUCCUGCAACAUGCUGCGGGAGGAGAUGAACGAGGUGUUCAUCGUGGGCGCCAACUCCUCCGAGGAUGUGAGGGAGGAGCUACGGAGUGCAAGAUUGAAAAUGAAGCCUGGGGCAGAUGAAGAGCCAUUAAUCAUGGCUAGGGGAAUUCUGGGUAAAAAAUUAAAGGUGGUCCACGAUGAAGAAGUGGAUGGAGAGUAUGGGCUUGUUAUCAACGGACACAGUUUGGCCUACGCUCUGGAGAAGAGCAUGGAGAUUGAGUUUCUGAGGACGGCCUGCAUGUGCAAGACGGUGAUCUGUUGCCGGGUAACGCCCCUCCAGAAGGCCCAGGUGGUGCAGCUGGUCAAGAAGUACAAGAAGGCCGUGACGCUGGCCAUCGGGGACGGCGCCAACGAUGUCAGCAUGAUCAGAGCGGCUCACAUCGGCGUGGGCAUCAGCGGGCAGGAGGGCAUGCAGGCGGUGCUGUCCAGCGACUACUCCUUCGCCCAGUUCCGCUACCUGCAGCGCCUCCUGCUGGUGCACGGGCGCUGGUCCUACCUGCGCAUGUGCAAGUUCCUGCGCUACUUCUUCUACAAGAACUUCACCUUCACCUUCGUGCACUUCUGGUACGCCUUCUUCUGCGGCUUCUCCGCACAGACGGUCUAUGAUGAAUGGUUCAUCACCUUGUAUAACCUGGUCUACACGGCCCUCCCUGUACUCGGUAUGAGUCUGUUUGACCAGGACGUAAACGACCGCUGGAGCUUCCAGUACCCACAGCUGUACGCCCCGGGCCAGCUCAACCUGUACUUCAGCAAGACGGCGUUCGUGCGCUGCGCCCUGCACAGCGGCUACAGCUCGCUGGUGCUCUUCUUCAUCCCCUACGCCGCCAUGUACGACACGGUGCGCUACGACGGCAAGGACAUCGCCGACUACCAGUCCUUCGCCAUCCUGGCGCAGACCUGCCUGCUCAUCGCCGUCUGCAUACAGCUGGGUCUGGACAUGUCCUACUGGACCGCAGUGAACCAGGUCUUUGUGUGGGGUAGUCUGGCCAUGUACUUUGCCGUCACCUUCACCUUUUACAGCAACGGCAUGUACCUCAUCUUCACCGCCUCCUUCCCCUUCAUCGGCACAGCCAGGAACACUCUGAGCCAGCCAAACGUGUGGCUGACCAUCCUCCUGACGACCAUCUUGUGUGUGCUGCCGGUGGUGGCCUACCGCUUCCUGCUCAUCCAGCUAUGGCCAACCAUCAACGACAAGGUGAUGUUGAAGGUUCGGGAGGCGAAAGCGGCUCCGCCCCCUCCCCCGCCCCGCACGCGAAUCAGACGCACCAGCUCCCGGCGCUCCGCCUACGCCUUCUCUCACGCCCAGGGCUACGGCGACCUGGUGACCUCAGGGCGGUUCCUCCGGCGGCCGCCUCCCCCGCGCCGCUCGGCCGGGUUCAGCCCGACAAGCCGGGCCACGGGCCUCAUCCACGCGGGGCGCUCUGGAGGGUACAGCCCCACGGCUCGGACCCAGAACUCCAGGGAGCCCGAAACCUCGCUACAGAUGUACCGGACUGUCAAGGAUCCAGUGUCCUGAACUCCCAUCCAGGGAACCAUAGCCAGAUACCGGUUCUGAACCUGU